UUAUUUAGUUGCACAAGCAGCUGUUUAUCCAGAGGGCUACUGCUUUGGACCAAGCCAGAGCCUCAGUUCAGUCUCUCAGCGCUCCACAACAAUGCUCAUUUUUUAUGCUGUUUUGAGUCUGAAAGCGAAAGAGUCUUGAAAAGGUUAGAUUAAGAUGUGUCUUAAGGAAAGCUAUACUAAUAUUGGACAGGGUCAUUGCAUAUGCUUGGGCUAUGUGCAAUAAAGCUGAAACGUAAAUCCCCCUCCAUAGAAAGGAAGGAAGCUGUGGGACACCUACCUGAGCUUUAAGCAUAACAGAAGACCACAACUAAGCAUUACUCUUCCUCUGGGCUCCAGUGUGUGUGCAUCUAUGCGAGCAUGUACGUCUGCAUGGGCAACCUCCAAAACUUCUGACUUUCCAUUCCUUUUUUUUCUUCCUUUUUUUUUUUUUCCUUGGAUAAAGUGGGAAUUCAAACUUUUUUCAAAGUAGCAAAAGGCUUCACUGUAAUAGUUUAAUUUUCCAGUAAUGUGACAAAGUUUAUUGGAUUUGUGUGUAUAAUUAUGGAAUGGAUUAGCCGAGUUUGGUUCAGUGCAUCUGAUUAUUUUCUGGCCUUUAGGGAAAUGCGCUAAAACCCUAAUAUGUCCACUACCCCCAAGCGGUCUCUUUUUGAAGGCGCCGCACAAAAUGUGGUCUCUACUAGCGUUCAGCCUCCAAGGAUCUUCAGUGAGAGACAUUAUUCUUGGAAUAUCCAAUUAAUUCCACGGGCAGUGAUCAGUUAGCGCUUCUUCUUCCUUUCUCGCCAUUUGAAAUGCUAACACAAUGAAUAUUUUCUCAUUGGUCUGCGUCCCUCGGCUAAGCUGUUGCCGCGGGCUGAGAAUUUCAUCGACUGAUGAGACCAGAGGCUGCGCCGAUAAAAGGUUACAGUACGUGAUUUGCAUGCCAAGUGGGGUUUGGUUUCAUGAACUUAAAAGUUCUGUAACUUUUAUUUGACUUUUUUCUUUUGUACAUAGAUGAGGGUCGUUGGAAAUUUUUUUUUUCCCAAAUUUUCUGUUUUGUUUCCCAAAAAAAUCACUGAAAUUAGCAGUUAGUGCACAUUACAGUUUUGGUUUGGACCCUCUUAAGCAAACAGGUAUGAGACAGGCAAUAUUUUGUACAAGUGAAACAAAACUAAAUGUCUCCUCCAGUGAAAACUUAGGUUAAAAAAAAAAAAAGACUUAAAAAUUGUAAAAUAUUUCCAAGCAGAUCUGGUCAAGUCCAACAUUUCAAUUUUCUCUUGUAGCACAGUGUCGGAGUAGAUUUGUGACUAGGCUUUAAUACCUUCGGCAGUGGCAGGACGUUCUGUGAGGCAUAACAGAAUGAAAGUAAUAUAUGUGGCUUUUGUACGUAUUAAAAGAGGGAAAUCUCCCUGUCUUUUGGGUGAUGGGAGUCAGAGCAAUGGGUUAAAAUGACACUAACAUGUUCCUGGAGAGUGAUUAAGACAGGCUGUUUGGUGCUGGUUUUCAAUGGUAAGUUGGUAGAAGUUCUUGAAGUAUUAAUUAUGUUCCAUCAAGCACGAGGAAAUAGUCCAACAGCAAAACACAGAAGCUGUCAUCUUUUGUCUUCAACGCCACGUUUUGCACAAUUGCCUGUGCAAUUCAGUCUAAAACGUUGGCCAUGCCAGCUAAGACGGCGUUCCAGGACUGCACGAUGCUGUAACCGUAGGAUAAACAAGUCAAUCCUAAAAGUUAGAGGUAAACUAAAUUGAAACAAAGCAACUACCGCACGUCAAAAGCAGGCUUUUAUGAUUCGGUGAGGGCGAGGGAAGGUAGUGCUGAAAUAAAACCACGCACAGAAGGUCUAUGCUCUGUGUUAUUCUUGACUUGCAGAAUGUCUUAGAUGUACGUUGUAAGCCAUUGACAAACUUUGUUGGUUUAGAGAUGUGACGGAUGUAUUUUCUGAUCUGUGAAGUAUAUGGGGGAUAGAGAUAAUUUUUUUUUUUUACAUCCUUUUUUCCCCUCUCUCCCCCCACCCAAAAAAGAAGAAAAGGGAUCAGCCUUCUGCGCGACUCUAAUCUUAGAGGCUGGAUAAUACAGUCGGAGAUUUGACAUAUUCCUACUGAAUAAAAAUCAGGAGACCCUUACCAAAAUUGUUAGCGAAAGGGACUGGCAGAACUGGGUACAGAGAGCGGGGUGGUGUGUGGUUUCUUUUUUUUCCUCUUUUCCCCCUUCCUUUCCCGAGCUGUCUAGGAGGAGUAAAGCAGGUGGCUCCCCGUGGCUGACUUUUCAUGACAACAUGCCAUUAGAAAUUGCGGUCCUGUUGAUCAAUCCACUCGACAUGACAGCUUUGCCGCAAGGCCUGGCUCUUUGAGCACCAGCGCUCUGGCUUUUCCCUCCUUUUUUCCUGCACUAAUUGGUGAAAGUUUUUACUGUGCUUGUGGCAUAGGAAAUUCUUUUGAACAUUGUCACAAUCAAGUGUUGACUUCUUUAGAAUUGCAAGUAGGUUAAGUGAGUAUCAACAUUAAAAAAAAAAAAGUCCACAAAAGGUAUUACUGUCGAAAUGUUAUUAAAGUAAAAUCGGAAAAACACGCUGAUCAAAUUAUCAAAAUGAUAUUUUGAUAUGGAGGAGUCAAUUAAAAUAACGUUCCUUUUCAACUUUGCUUACCCAAAGGUGCUACCAUGUUUGUGUCUCAAAAGGCAGAAAGGAAGAGAGAAAUUCAGAGUUCUUAUUUUCUUUUUUGCUUAGUUGGAAGCACAGAACCGAGCUGCAUCUUUCAGCUUAAAUAUACACAAAUGUUUGCAUCCUAAUACCUGAAAAUUUAACAGACAAAGUGGAUUUUUCCGGUGAUUUAAGAAGCUUUAAAGCAUUAUGCGGCAAAUAAGAUGUUUUAGUAAAUUUUGCUUCUUAAAAGACAAAAAAGAAAAAACGUGAGCGCAGUGUUGAGGAGGAGGAGGAGAAUAGCCGUGUGUUCGCACAUAGCAUGGGUGAGCUAACCGAGCGUUUGUGUGAUUCUUCCAUCCGAAAUGCAGUCGGGAAACUUCUGUAACAGGUUUUGUGAGAAACUCCCUCAGCUGAAAACGGGAUUAUUGAUGUUUGCAGAUAAAAGUUUGUUAAAACGUUGAAUACUUGUUGACAAACGUAGGUGAAGUUUCAAAAAAUGUUUAUCAAAUAGUAUUGUUAAUGAGGAAAAUGAUCAAUUUCUAUUGAAGGAAAAUAUUUUCCUUUGGUGCAUUUGUUUAAAAUGUGCAUUUAAAAUAUUGCAGAUAGAAUUUUUGUUCUUAGUUUUGCCGGUUGCUGUAUGUUCAUCCCUAAACACGAAAUCUUUCUUUUUGCUGUUCAUAAAUCUAAGGAAAACCUUGCUGUUAGUUGAUGAAAUUUCAGAGAGGCGGGUGGAUUUAAAAUAAUCUGUGCAACUGCACUACGAGGAUGUGUAGAAUGAACAUGGGGAAGAAAUCGGGAGAGAAUGAGUGACAAAGAACGAGGCAAAGGGAGAGAUAAACCGUGGAGGUGGCUUUUCUUUAAUAAUGCAUACAUAGCAAUAGGGGACUUUGGAUAGAAUUCUCUCAGCUCUCUUAAACCCAGUAUAAGGUUAAUUUAUAAUAAAUAAUUAUAGUUUUAGCAGCAAAAUGAGACCCUGUGAAGCUGAGAGGGAAAGGCAGUAAUACAGUUUUAAAAGCUGAACGUGUUCGUAGUUUCUGUUGCAAGUGUAAUAGCUACGAGUGUAUUUUUUUUGUAGAUCAGACAUCGACACCGAAAGAAGCAUAAAUUCAUAUAAUUAAUUUUGCCAUUGUAAAAAUCAUUUGCUAAAAUUUGCAUUAUUAACAUUAUCAAGUCGCUGGUUGGUGAGACAUCAGACAUGACGAGUGAGAAGGGCAGCUUAGGGAGAAUUGGGCUUUAAACCCUCAGCAGAUCGGAGUUAGGAUCAAAGGCGCUUGUUUUAUGUGGCUGUGUGACACUUUGAAGUCUUGACUGCACCUACAGCACUCAUUUCAUCAGGUUCACUGGUGUCUUAAUAGCAGAUCAAUAAGUUUCAAAGUCGGAGAGUUAAUUUGAUACUAGUGCUGAUGUGGUCGUGCUGGGGAAGCAGAGAGAGGCAGGCAGAGAACGCGAGCCUAUUAACCGUCCUGAUAGGGAGAGGUGUGUGCCCGUGUUGAUGGGCACCCGUAAAAAUCCAAACUGUAAAUAUUGACCUUAAAUUUGAAAGCUCCGCGUACCAAAGGCGUCGAGGUGUUUACAUUAUUGAAAGAGAUUGUAUGCAAGAGAGGUUGCUGUGCUAGCACCGCUCUCCAGCCAAGCGACGCGAAGUUGUAAGAAAGUUCCCCCAGUAAGAAGGAUAAAUGCAGACGCCUGAGCCCCUACAGCAUCGCAUCCUUUGGUGAUAUUUCCUGCAUCAAGCUGCCUACCUCCGCCCCCACCCCAAGUAAAAAUAAAGAAAUAUAUAUGGGGGGAGGAAGGGGGAGAGAGAGAGAGAAAACACAGUGGGCAACACGUUAUAAUAGCUGUUCAUUUUUUUUUCUCAUCCUUUGCCAGCUUGUUUGCUUUCCUGCUGUAGCACAAAUAGUUCACAAGAAAAUGGAUGUAUUUUUAGAUGAAGUGGGGUCAGUGACACUUUGUUUUCCUACCGGGUAUAUUUAAAUAUAAAUCUAUAUAUUAGCUAUUGUUCUCCGAUGCCACUUUUUGCCGGUCCUGUGAUAAUGUAACCCAUCAGUCCCAGACUGCUUCUAUUUCCAGGGCAAAAUUUCAUCUCUUUUCAAAUAAAUCUGGCCGUGGUAAAAACCACUUCUCCUGAAUUCUCCAUGCCGCCUCUUCCCUACCAGUGCAUCGUGAAGCCAGGGAUUAUUUAUUCAGUUUAUUUGGUUUAUGCGGGUGCCGGACAGCUCUGCGUAACACAAAAAAAUAAUAAGAACAAACUUGUGUGGGGUGUAAACAUACCAGAGGCAAGGAGCUAUUUAAAGAGCAGUAAAACUGUGCUAAAGCAAUGCAGGACUUUCUUUUCUCCCUUUUUUUUGUUUUCCCAGGCAUUUUUUCCCUCUCUUAGGAUGUC